AUGACCUGUGGCUUUCGAACUGGAAACUUCAGCUGCGCAUCAGCCUGUGGGCCCAGGCCUGGCCGAUGCUGCAUCUCCGCAGCUCCCUACAGGGGGAUCUCCUGCUACCGUGGACUCUCAGGGGGCUUUGGCAGCCACAGUGUCUGUGGGGGCUUCCGCUCUGGCUCCUGUGGACGCAGCUUUGGAUACCGCUCUGGAGGUGUCUGCGGGCCCACACCCCCCUGCAUCACCAGCGUCUCUGUCAAUGAGAGCCUGCUCACGCCUCUCAACCUGGAGAUCGACCCCAAUGCUCAGUGCGUGAAGCAUGAGGAGAAGGAACAGAUCAAGUGCCUCAACAGCAGGUUCGCAGCCUUCAUCGACAAGGUGCGCUUCCUGGAGCAGCAGAACAAGCUGCUGGAGACCAAGUGGCAGUUCUACCAGAACCGCAAGUGCUGUGAGAGCAACGUGGAGCCGCUGUUCGAGGGCUACAUCGAGACCCUGAGGAGGGAGGCUGAGUGUGUGGAGGCUGACAGCGGGAGACUGGCGGCUGAGCUCAACCAUGCCCAGGAGGCCAUGGAGGGCUACAAGAAGAGGUACGAAGAAGAAGUUGCACUCCGGGCCACAGCAGAGAAUGAAUUUGUGGCUCUGAAGAAGGAUGUGGACUGUGCCUACCUGCGCAAGUCAGACUUGGAAGCCAAUGCAGAGGCACUGACCCAGGAGAUCGACUUCCUGCGGCGACUGUAUGAAGAGGAGAUCCGAAUCCUCCACGCCCACAUCUCAGACACCUCUGUCAUCGUCAAGAUGGACAACAGCCGGGACCUGAACAUGGACUGCAUCGUGGCUGAGAUCAAAGCUCAGUAUGAUGACAUUGCCACCCGCAGCCGGGCAGAGGCCGAGUCCUGGUACCGCACCAAGUGUGAGGAGAUGAAGGCCACAGUGAUCCGGCAUGGGGAGACCCUGCGCCGCACCAGAGAGGAGAUCAAUGAGCUGAACCGCAUCAUCCAGAGGCUGACAGCCGAGAUUGAGAACGCCAAGUGUCAGAACACCAAGCUGGAGGCCGCAGUGACCCAGUCUGAGCAGCAGGGAGAGGCCGCCCUCACUGAUGCCCGCUGCAAGCUGGCUGAGCUGGAGGCUGCCCUACAGAAGGCCAAGCAGGACAUGGCCUGCCUGCUCAAGGAGUACCAGGAGGUGAUGAACUCCAAGCUGGGCCUGGACAUCGAGAUCGCCACCUACAGGCGCCUGCUGGAGGGCGAGGAGCAGAGGCUGUGUGAAGGUGUUGGAGCCGUGAAUGUCUGUGUCAGCAGCUCCCGCGGAGGGGUCGUGAGUGGGGACCUGUGUGUGUCUGGUUCGCGGCCAGUGACCGGCAGUGUCUGCAGCACCCCCUGCAGCGGGAACUUGGCAGUGAGCACCGGCCUGUGCGCACCCUGUGGUUCUGCAGUGUCCUGUGGUCGUAAAUGUUAGGAGCUCCGUUCUUCCCUGGCUCAGGGCAAGGCUUUUCUCCCGCUGAGCUAUCUCUGGCUGCCCAAUAUUGGGACCUGGCACAAGGCACUCAGCGACUUGGUCACACUGAAGCCACCCUCUCACUCUCAGCCCCCUCUGGUCUCCCUGAACGACCCCCUGCUCUCAGAAGUGAAUACUGGGAUGGACUUCUAGAAGUGUCUUUGGAGCCACAGUGUCGGGGUCUGGAGGGUCGGGGGCUAGGACAGCACCUCCGCUGCUUGGCCUGGGAGCCAGUUGGUAGAUCCACAGCUCCACCCCUUCUUCUCUAAUCUGUCUUGAUCUGUUUCCAAUAAAUUAAUGUAGCCAACC